CUGACCAUCUCCGGAAAAAACAUGUCAGCGCCAACACUACCUCGUAGAACUUGCCCUGUCCGAGCGCCUCCCCGUGCGGCCGCGCCUUCUCCCGGUCGGCGACGCCUCCCUGCUUGCCCUCUAGCUCCGCGUCCCUAGCCAACUCUCCAGCGACGGCCACCUCCCUCCUCCUCCGACGCCCGGCCACCCCGUCCUCCCUCAGCACCAGAUCCACGGUCAGCGCGGCUUCCUUGCGCGUUCCCACGGCCCCCGGCAGAUCCACGCGGGCGGCGGCCCUCUCUGUCGGUGGCCGCCCCCCGCUACGCGACGGCCCUCCUUACUCAUGGUAGAAUAUGUGUCCUGCUACUGCAGGGUAGAUGGAGGCCUUAAAACUGUUGUCAAUGCUAGAAAGUUCGUCCCUGGUGCUAGACUGUGCAUGCAAUCUGAUGUCAAACCGAACAAGCGCAAGUCAAGGACCUCACGCAAGGAGAGGUGCCGAACGCAGGCGCCACUUCUGCCUGGACUUCCUGAUGACCUGGCUAUUUCAUGUCUGAUGCGGGUUCCUCGAGUGGAGCACCCUAAUCUUCGUUUAGUCGGUAAAAGAUGGAGCCGACUUUUAUCUGGUAAUUAUUAUUACUCACUGCGGAAGAAAUUUGGCAUGGCAGAAGAAUGGGUUUAUGUCUUCAAAAGGGAUCGUGAUCAGAAAAUAUCUUGGCAUGCCUUUGAUCCAGUGCACCAGCUCUGGAAGUCACUUCCUCCAGUUCCACCAGAGUAUUCGGAAGCCGUGGGAUUUGGUUGCGCUGUUCUCAGUGGCUGCUAUUUGUACUUAUUUGGUGGCAAAAACUCAGUGCGAGGGUCUAUGAGGCGUGUUGUAUUUUACAAUACUCGGACAAACAAGUGGCACCGGGCCCCAGAUAUGCUACGGAAGCGGCAUUUCUUUGGUUCUUGUGUAAUAAACAACUGCCUCUAUGUUGCUGGUGGGGAGUGUGAAGGGAUACAGAGAACUCUAAGGUCUGCAGAGGUUUACAAUCCGAACAGGAAUAGAUGGUCUUGCAUUACUGAAAUGAGCAUAGGAAUGGUGCCUUUCAUUGGAGUUGUAUAUGAUGGCAAGUGGUUCCUAAAAGGAUUUGAUUCUCACCGGCAGAUUGUGAGCGAGGUCUAUCUGCCAACAUCCAACAUGUGGUCAACCACUGGUAAUGAACUGGUUGCAGGCUUACGGAAUCCAAGCAUUUCGUUUAACGGUCGUCUUUAUUCAGUGGAUUGUCGGGAUGCCUGCAAGCUAAGAGUUUAUGAUGGAGACAAGGGAUUGUGGACAAGGUUCAUAGACAGUAGACGCCAUCUGGGCAGCUCGCGGUCUUUUGAAGCUGUGGCUUUGGUCUCACUGGAUGGAAAGAUCUGUGUUAUCCGUAAUAACAUGGGCAUCACCCUUGUUGAUGUCUGUGACCCAACAACAGUUAUUGAGAUUGACAGUGCCCGCAUGUGGGAGACUUUUGCCCGGAAGGGCCAGCACAGAUCUUUCAUGGCAAACUUGUGGUCAACAAUUGCAGGGCGUCAUUUAAAGACCCACAUUAUCCAUUGCCAAGUGCUCCAAGUUUGAAUGUGUCUGUCUGUCAA